AUGCCUACCACUAUCAUUAGUGUGGCAGUAGCCGCCGUCUCAAUGAUGAUGGUACCCUUGUUCCGAGGCUAUGUGUGGCUUCUACGACUUUCAUGGGUCAUCCUAACGCUAGUAUGCGGGUUACUAGCCCUCUUCAACGUAGGGACCUCUACAUCUAUGCGCUACGGGCUUCCUAUUCUAUGGGGUCAAGUUGUUGCCCUUUUAUGUCUUAACAUUCUUCCUAUGCAAGCCGGUGUGAAGAAUGUCGAUGACACGGGCUUGGCUAUCGGGCUGUUUUUGACUAUCCGCAUGUUCGGUGGUCUUGUCGGCCUUGCUAUUUCUUCAUCUGUUUUCAAUAAUUUCUUUUCCAAGGCUAUUGCUGAUAUUACAGUUCAGUUGAGUGGGGCCUUGGCGUCUUUGAAAGAUGGCUCCAACGCUGUGAGCUUUAUUGAUUCGUUGAGGUCAAUACAAGUCUCUAUUUUGACGUUGGAUCAGGCACUAGGUGUCUAUCCGAAGUGCUUCCGCACGAUAUUCUAUGUGAUGACAAGGCUGAGUGCACUGGACUUGGUGACUUCAAUCUCCCGGGAGCUUGGGAGUCAGCGCUUUGAGGACUAG